GGGAUAUAUAGUUGGAUUCCGCAGCCGCAGCCAUUAGCCGAUGCUACUCAUUCCAAAGGAACAGACGCGUCGGCGCAUAUGUUUUUCUGGUGCUGUGCAGAAGAAGGGACGCGUUCCUCUCGCAAGGUGAGUUCUGUGGAGAAUACCACGGAACAAGACCAAGGCCCGAGUGGCUUUUGCGCAAGCAGCUCCAUUGAUGUCAGUCCAGACUUCAAGGAUGCUCUAGGAGCGGAUGCAGAGGAAGGCAAAGUCUCCGUGACGCAGUUUCCAGCUUUACCAGAUCCGGUGGUCAAUGAGGAGUUCCUUCCAAAGAGCAUUCCUUCCAAGACGGUGACGGUUGAGGAGACAGCUCGUGCCAGCCCAUCCACGAUAGAGGAGUCUAUUACUGAGGACCACUCCCUCAGAGAGGAGAUGGCAAAGCAGGCCUCUUGCACUAGUGGUGCUAGCCGAAGAAGCAGGCUGCAGAUUCAAGCCACAGACUCACACUGGAAAUUGCAAAGCUCUGACGUUCGCAUUGAGAAGGAGUUGAGCCGAACCCUGAAGUCCACAUUGCAUCUUGCGACAUGGAAGGGAACACAGGUGGUGAUGAAAUGUGUCCAAGUACCUGACGAGGGCCCAGUGAGGAAGACCUCAUCGACUGGAUCCAAGCGAUCCAAGCAGUCCAUUACAGCUUCCCGGCCGAUGCAAAUGCACGACGUCAACCAGGAACUUUUGGAGGAACUGCUUCAUGAGAUUGAACUUUUGUCUUCGCUUCGACAUCCAGACUUAGUUUUGUUUCUGGGUGCAUGCUUGGACAAGGACUCUCCCGUGAUAUGUGUCACGGAAUACAUGCCCGGCGGGGAUUUGGAACGCUAUUAUAUCGCAAAGAGGAGGCAAAACCAGACGGACCGCUGGCGACCUCCUUUGACCCAGAUCGUUGACUGGUGCUUGGCUGUUGGAAGAGCCUUGAGUUUCCUACACACUCGAGGUGCUGAGCCCAUUGUGCAUCGAGAUUUAAAGCCACUGAAUCUCCUGCUGACGAAGCAUUUGGAGGUCAAGGUGGCUGAUCUUGGCAUCAGCAAGAUGAUGGCGGCAGUGGCAACGGACGUCUACAAGAUGACUGGGGGCGUUGGCAGCUGGCUCUACAUGGCGCCAGAGUGCGUGAGGCAUCAGACCUACAACGAAAAGGUGGAUAUCUAUGCCUUUGCGCUGAUCAUGUUCUUUAUGAGCGCAGGAAAAGCUCCCUUCUAUCAGUUGGGAAAGGAUCCAGAGCUGGUAUUGAAGGAAUAUUUGAAGGGCAAUGAGCCCAGGCCCACGGAAAACGAAUGCCAUGCCCCGUUACGUUCAAUCAUGAAGUCCGCCUGGGCAGUGAACCACAAAGAAAGGCCUUCCGCGCAGAGUUUAGUGGAGAGGUUUCAAAAAGUUCGCGAGGAAGGUGUGCCCCCCACGUCGUGUUUUUGCUUGAAAGCAUGAACUGUUCCCAGCUAGGCAGCUCAUUGGGCAAAUUAAAAAUGUUGCCCAAUGGGUCAGGGUGCCGGUGCCACUACAUCCGGCAUCAUCUAGAUUGGCAUUGGAAAGGCUUCCAUUCCAGCGUUUUUGCCGGAAGAGCCUGGAGAGAGGCCCCCCAGCUAUUUUCGCCUGUCGGGAAAAUGCUGCGACAGCAGAACAUGCAAAGUUCUCUCAUUUUGCCAGGUUCGCCAUUGAUAGAUUUGGUCAUACUUGACUCCAGGACUCGCCUAAGGCGCUCGCUGGAUGCAAAUCCAAGACACGGCAAGGGCCUGAAGAAUCUG